CACACUUGGUCUCCUGUCUUCGUCACCGCGAUAACUUUGAGCACAGCGCGCACUGUUCACUGCAUACGCUGGAGUCCACAGCAGUCACCAGCCCAGGUGAACGCGCGUGUUCCACCGCCUUCCCCUUUCCCCCCCUCAACCCCUCAACCACGCGUCAACAAUGGCGACCGCAGUACAACAUCGCCCUGCCGGGUCACGUCGUGCAUCUGCAGGUGCCGGCCCUAGCUCGGCGGCUAAACGUCUCUCAGCCAUGUCCGGGAACAGUGGCACACGCGAAGCAGACGCAAAGAUGAUCGGGCAGUGGAAGAUAGGCCGGACCAUUGGCAAGGGCUCAUCAGGCCGCGUCAAGAUUGCAAAGCACGCCUCAACCGACCAAUAUGCCGCCGUCAAGAUCGUUCCAAAGGGUCUCAUCAUGUCAUCCCGCUUGAGCAUGAGUGAAGCAGGUACCAAAGCCGAGAAGCUCUUGCUCGGUAUUGAGCGCGAAAUUGUCAUCAUGAAGCUCAUCGACCACCCCAACGUCUUGUCACUCUACGAUGUUUGGGAAACGAACGACGACCUUUAUCUCGUCAUGGAGUAUGUUCCCGGUGGCGAGCUCUUUGACUACCUUGUGCGCAAAGGCCGUCUUCCACAGCAUGAGGCUCUGCACUACUUUCAGCAGAUCUGCUAUGCCGUCGACUACUGCCAUCGCUUCAACAUUUGCCAUCGUGACCUCAAGCCUGAAAACUUGUUGCUCGACCAGCACAAGAACAUCAAGGUUGCCGACUUUGGCAUGGCAGCGUGGCAGGCGGAUGAGAACUUGCUCGAGACUUCGUGUGGUAGCCCACACUACGCGUCUCCCGAGAUUGUUGCGGGCAAGUCGUACAAUGGAACGGCAAGCGACAUUUGGUCGUGCGGUAUCAUUCUGUUCGCCCUCUUGACCGGUCGUCUACCAUUCGACGACGACAAUAUCCGCACUCUCCUGCAGAAGGUCAAGACGGGUCAGUUUGACAUGCCUACCGACAUCGACCUGCAGGCACGCGACCUCCUCGCUCGUAUGCUCGAGAAGGAUCCGGAGCUUCGCAUCACCAUGCCCGAGAUCAUGGUCCACCCAUUCUUCUGCUCCCGGAGUCCUCGGCUGAUGGGUGGACGCAAGAUGCCUGCUCCUCCAUCCCUUGACGUUCUCGCCCGACCUGUUCGCGCCGAGGAUGUCGACGUGGACCUCAUGUGCAACCUCAAAACGUUGUGGCAUGCCAUGAGCGAGGAGGAGAUCUACCAGUCGCUGCUGAGCAAGGAGAAGACAUGGGAGAAGGCGGUCUACCACCUCCUUGUCCAGUACCGUAGUCGACACCUCGAGCAGUACAACAUGGACGCGGACAGUGACGACGAAGAUCGCAUCGCAGCGCCACGACCUCAUGGAAGGGUGGCAGCGCCGACCCCAUCGCCCUCUCUCCCUGCUCCGCCACCCAAGCAGCGCAGGGUGGCAGCCCCGUCGCCUCCCACGACGCGCCGCAAACCAGUGCCUUUGGCGGACAACGAGGCUGUCCAGAACCGCGCGACGCCUCCUCCCCGGCCAAACGCACCCACGCCCAAGAAGGCUGCUAACGGCAUGAUCGUCGACUCGCCUGCUUCUCGCACUCCGUCGAAGCUCAACCCUCGGUCACAGGCGGCCCACCCCGCCGGUCCCCGCGCUAUUCGUGGUGGUGGUGCAACCUCGCCUCUAAACCCCCAUGCCCCUCAUAUCACCCUACACGAGGCGACGCCUGUCAAGGAGGUAGUCGCGCAGCAGCCCGUGCCGGAGCGAGCAUACGGACAUGCGCGCUCCAGAUCGGUCGAGCAGAGCCAAAGCAAUGUGUAUGGCCAUGCCCGCUCCCGAUCUGAUCAGGUUCGGUCACCGGUUGUGGCCAUGUCGCCUGUGCUCUCGGCUCACCACUCGCCAUCUUCACACGAGAUGCCUCUGCCCCCUCUGUCUCCUCCACAGGGCCUUGACCAGAACUUGCAGUCAUUCCUCAACGAUCUCACGGAGCGCGUCAACUCGAUGGGGAUUCGCGAGUCGACCGCGUCGAGCAACUCGGAGCAUGCCCAGUUCCAGGGUGCUGAGUUCCAGGCAGCCCUUGCCUUCAUGGCACAGCAGUCGCCUGUGGCGUCUGUCCCCGAGAACCCCAUGCAGCUCCCCGCUCACCGAGCCGAGUUCCCCCCCUCUCCCCAACCCGAUGACGUGGACCAGUUCGCCGAUGCCGACGACGAUGACACUUCGGCGGACAACAUGUCCAUCUACUCGGCUUCUGCGUCUGUGCAUCGUUACACGGCCCCCUCGCCUGUGCCAAGCGUUCGCUCGUCUGUUGGACCAAUGCACGCCCCGCGCAGCCACCACACCCGCAGUGGGCCACCGCCGGUGUCUGGUCGGUGGAGCCAAGCCUCGGGAAGCUACCGCAACCGGUCGAUCUCAAGCAGACCCGAGUCGCCGGCGCUUCUCUCCCCUGCCGUGUACACGAACGGAUUUGACUCGCACGCACACCCUCCCCUGCCCGCCGUUCCUGCGUCCGCUCUGCGCGCCGAACGCUCUGCUCCGCGUCCCCCACCGAAGGCAUCCCGCCCAGCACCGCCACGCCCAACCCACGUUCCUCCUCGUGCGGUCGACAGUGUACUCCAGCGCGAGGGCGGCGAGCUGCGUGUCAAGUCGACCCUUGGCCGCGAAGACUCGUACGCCUUUGUCGAGCUUCCCAACGAAAUCGAGGAUGGAGUGGAGAGCACGUGGGGCAGCUCGACCCGUUCAGGUGGCUUCGGCACGCAUCGUGCUGCGGAUGGCUUCGGCAUGCUCAAAAAGCGCAAAAAGAUGUCGACCGAGGCUCUGUCGUCGCAGCCGCUUCCUGACUCUAUGGCCAAGCGGUCGUGGUUCAACAACCUGUUCUCCUUCAAGCCGGCGUCCUGCGAGAUCCUCGUCAACAGCCGUGACAUUAAGGAGGGACUGAAGCGUUGCAAGCGCGCACUAGAGGCUCAGGGAGUCAAGGUCAUCGAGACCCAAUACCAGCAGCGUGGCCUGCGCUGCAAGGUUGGCGAGGUCAAGACGAUCAACGGCGACACGAUCAAGGGUGUGCGCUUCCGCAUCGAGUUUGAGCGUGUCUACGUCGCGCCCGGGUCCAGCGGCGGCUCGGGCUUCAGCACAAAGGCGGUUCUCACCCUCGAGAAGGGCGCUCAGUCGACCUUCCGCGCUGCGUACAACCGCCUGCAGAAGGCUCUCGAGAACGAGGCUCAGCAGGCGUCGCCACCCUCCGAGACGGGCAGCAAGUUUGCGUUCCACGCCUCCAUGCCCCGUGCGGCGGCUAAGAACCGCCCAUCGCUCAAGGACGCCAACUUGCACUACCCUGUGGCGGCGGCGCCGCAGCACCGUAGCGCACCCAACACGCCACAGUUUGCGACAUUUAGCCCCGAGAUCCAGGCGUAUCGCCGUCCGCAGCCGCAGACCAUCCGGUACUAGCGUGCGUGGGCCCACGUCUCCCCCCUUCCCCCCUUUGCUCCCCUCCCCUCACUCCGUCCUGCCCCUUCCCAUUCCAACUUCCACUAGCAUACAGCGUUUGAUUGACCGACAUUCACGCAUCCACACUCCCUCAUAUUAUUUAUGACCUCUUAGGACA